GUCAGGCCGAGCUCCGGGCCGUGGGGGCGCGCGCGCUCGGGCGGCCCCGACGUCACCGCGGGCCUCCGGCGCGAGACCAACAAACGGGCCCAGGUUUCCUCCUCAGCAAGCCUUUCCCCUAGGCUUAGCCUGACCGCGGCUUCCCUCGAUUCCAAGCUCACGCCAGGCUUUGAGUCACUGAGUUUGUGCCCCAGUCUGGGUCUAGGCCCCGUGUAUCUGAAGACAUGGAGUUUGUGUCCGGAUACAGAGACGAAUUCCUUGAUUUCGCUGCUCUUCUCUUCGGCUGGUUCCGCAAGUUCGUGGCAGAGAGGGGGACGCUGGGGACCAGCCUUGAGGGCCGAUGGCGUCAACUGGAGGCUCAGAUAAGGAGGCUGCCUCAGGACCCUGCCCUCUGGGUGCUCCACGUCUUGCCAAACCGUAGCGUGGGCAUCAGCCUCGGGCAAGGUGCAGAGCAAGGCCCAGGGCCCGGCCUCGGGGCUUCCCGGCUCCUGGGAGACGAGCCUCCGCUCCACCUGAGGGACCUGAGCCCUUACGUCAGCUUUGUCAGCCUGGAGGAUGGGGAAGAAGGGGAGGAGGAGGAGCACGGAGAGGAGAGCCCUGGCACAGAGAAGGGGGAACCACAGGAGGGUGGGGAGCCAGCCCCUCCAAGCAAGGAAUCCCCCCAAGAAGCAAAGGCGCCUGCCGAGUCCGAGGUGGCUCAGCAGGAGGCCGGCUGUGAUGACAGCUGCAGAGAGGACCGAGGAGAGGAUGAGAGGGCGCCCAAGAAAAGGAAAGGCCGGAAGAGCGAGGCCGCCCCCCUGCACCUCUCCUGCCUUUUGCUGGUGACAGAUGAACACGGCACCAUCUUGGGCAUUGACCUGCUGGUGGACGGAGCCCGGGGGGGUGUGGCCCAGGGCCCCGGGAUGGAGAGCCUGGCCCCUCGGGCCUACGCGCUCCUGUGUCAUAGCAUGGCCUGCCCUAUGGGCUCCGGGGACCCCCGAAAGCCCCGGCAGCUCACUGUAGGAGACGUCCAUCUGCACCGAGAGCUGGAGAGCCUGGUCCCAAGGCUGGGCGUGAAGUUAGCGAAGACCCCGAUGCGGACGUGGGGUCCCCGGCCGGGCUUCACUUUUGCCUCCCUUCGGGCUAGAACUUGCCAUGUUUGCCACAAGCACAGCUUUGAAGUGAAGCUGACGCCCUGCCCCCAGUGUGGUGCUGUCCUGUACUGUGGAGAGGCCUGUCUCCAGGCUGACUGGCGCCGAUGCCCGGAUGACGUGAGCCACCGAUUCUGGUGCCCGAGGCUUGCAGCUUUCAUGGAGCGGGCGGGAGAACUGGCAAGCUUGCCUUUCACCUACACGGCAGAGGUGACCAGUGAAACCUUCAACAAGGAGGCUUUUCUGGCCUCGAGGGGCCUCACGCGUGGCUACUGGACCCAGCUCAGCAUGCUGAUUCCAGGGCCUGGCACCCCUAGGAGCCCCUGGAGCAGCGCACCAGCCCUCAACGGAGACCCUUACCAGCUUCUCCAGGGGGACGGGCCUGCCCUGAUGCCUCCAGUGCCCCUGGAGCCUCCCCGGAGCCUCUUUGGCUCGUGGAGAGACUACUACGCCUGGCGCGGCCUCGGCCUGGACUCGCCCAUGGCGGUGCUGCUCACCUACCCGCUCACUGUGUAUUACGUCAUCACCCACCUCGUGCCCCAGUCCUUCCCUGAACUCAACAUCCAGAACAAGCAGUCAUUGAAGAUCCAUGUGGUGGAGGCUGGGAAGGAAUUUGACCUCGUCAUGGUGUUCUGGGAGCUCUUGGUCCUUCUCCCGCACGUGGCCCUGGAGCUGCAGUUUGUGGGUGACAGUCUGCCACCUGAGAGCGACCAGCAGCAUUUUACCAUGCAGAGGGACGGCCCUGACGCCUCUGUGCGCCCCGCUUCUGGAGUCUCGCGGCUGAGCUCUGGAACGAAGGAGAAGGGAGGCCGAAGGGAUCUGCAAAUCCGGGUGUCCACCAGGCCCUAUCACCUGCUCCAGGGACCCAAGCCGGACCUGGUUAUCGGAUUUAACUCUGGCUUUGGUCUCAAGGACACGUGGCUGAGCUCUCUUCCCAGACUGCAGUCACUCCGAGUGCCGGCCUUCUUCACCGAGAGCAGCGAGUACGGCUGCGUGAUGGACGACCAGACCAUGGCGGUGGCCACAGGCGGGGGUACCAGCGCGCCGCAGCCCAACCCCUUCCGCUCCCCGUUCCGCCUCCGAGCAGCCGACAACUGCAUGCCGUGGUACUGCAACGCCUUCGUCUUCCAUUUGGUUUACAAGCCUCCCCAGGGCGGCGCGCUGCGCUCGGCGCCCGGCCCCGCGCCCAGGCCCCCCACCCCGGCGGCUCCCCCGGUCCCGGCGCGCAGGCGCCGCGGGGAGAAGAAGGCCGCGCGCGGGCCGCGCAGGCGCAGAUGAGCGCAGAGCGGGCACGAAAGGUUCAAUAAAGUUCUGUGUUUGAAA